AAUUCGCUAAGAAAAUUUAGUAGUGGAAAUAUAUUCUUAACGCGUAUUUCUUGUUUGUUAAAAAUCAACCUCAAAAUGAAGAGUCUUCUGCUUGGCAUCUGUCUUUUGUUAACUAUAGCAGUUAUCCAAGCAGAUUUCAUCGACACUUACUUGGAGCUUUCGAAGGUUCCUACUCUAAAGUGUGCGAAAACAGUUGGCUACACUGAAACGGACCCAAGGAUAAUAUUUGACCAGGAGGUAAAACUGGGAGUGGAUAAAGCUUCGUGUUUAAGAUCGUGUAUAUUAAAAUCUCUGAACAUGUUGAAAGACUCCAAGAUAGAUUUAGAGAUGAUAAACGAGUUCAUCAAGAUCGUGCACAACGAAGAACCUGAGAAGAUCGAACCUAUGAAACAGAAUGCAGUUGAAUGCCUUGAUAAAGUUAAAGAUAUGACGGACGAUUGCAAGAUGGCUUACUCUUUCAUUCAAUGUUACGUGGACAAGUAUUAAGAGGAUCUCUUAAAAGGAAAUUGCAGGAAAUAUCUGCUUUAUAUUUUUAAUAUAACCGAAUCUCUUGCGUUACCAUUACUUGUAAUUAUAUUACGAAUCUAUCGUAGAAGAGAAACUGUAUGUUAUAAAAUACACCGUAGUUCGAUAACAAUCGAUGAUCACGAUCUCGAUCAGUUAUACUUUAAUCUUACAAAUUGCACGACAAUGGUCUCGCUUCUCUUUUACUAAGAUAAUAAAUUGAUAUAAGACACUUUAA